UUAUUAGAAAUUGCUGUAAAAGCACAGCGGUUGUCAUGUAGAUAACUGUGUACUGAAUAAUAGUUGUAAACGCAUCCUGAAAACAAUCGUUUUUGAUUGAAUUAUUUGAAGUCACUACAUUGACAUUAGCUCCAGUGAACAUUUCACAUCCUGCUAUCUUCCGAGUAGCAAGAAAUGUUCACGCGUGUCUCGUUACUGUCCCGGCGUGCUUAUGAUAAGUGCGAUGGACUUUCCAAAUUAUUUAAAAAUAACUCACUCUGCAGCAUAAGAAUUAAUUGUUUAACACUAACUGCUGCUACACAUAGUUAGUUUUGAGGCUAGCCACGGGCUAUUUAUUCGCUUCCUUCAGCCGACGAAUCGACAUGUAGAUGUUUCAAUAUCUUAUAGCUGAGAAAAGUAUAAUACCUAGAAGAAAAAACCGGAACUGUGUCAGGCGGCGUUUGUUGGACUGAUAUAUAAUGACCAAAAGAAGAAUGUCAGGUCUGUGACACUGUUUGAACUCUGGUCGUUGCAGCAUAAAAAUUCCUUUCGACUAACCUUUGCUUUGACGGAGACCAGGACCACAGCCACUGCAGACUUUGUGUUUGAUGUCCUGUCAGCCAGUCUGACGUUCCUGUCAGUCUAUCGCAUCACGUCAGAUAUCGUCAUGUACAGGCUCAUCGCAUCUUGUCUCAUGUGGUUUCUAAUGAUUCCGCAGUCGGGGGGCCAGUUGAAGGCGCGUUUGGCUAACGGGACAUGGUGGGCAGGACGCCUGGAGGUGUUGUACAACGGGCAAUGGAGUACAGUGUGUGACGAUGAAUUUGAUAAAAACGAUGGUAAGGUGGCCUGUAGGAUGCUGGGAUUUUACAGUCCCGGAGUAUUAGUUGUGGGCUCCUCUGUAUUUGGAGCAGGUUCAGGAGAGAUUUUGCUCGACGACCUGGAGUGUAGGGGUACAGAAGCCAGUCUGGAGGAGUGUUAUCACAAGGGGUACUAUUCUCACAACUGUGGGCACACAGAAGAUGUUGGUGUCGUCUGCAAUAAUUUAAAGAUUUCUGUCAACAUCCACACAAACAGUAGCAGAUUUCCUUUCAUGGAGGAAACAAAUGGAAACACCUAA